AUGGCAUACAAGUUAACAGCCCUUUUCCUACUUACACUUUUCCUCAUUUCCACAACUACUCCAUUAGCCCAUGGAGUUCUCAUCAAUGGCCAAAAACUUUUUGGGCUUAAUAUACAUGGAAGUGUAUUUUGUUCAACAACAGGGAAUCCACCAGGCCCAGGUAUUGCUGGAGUAAAUGUUAGAAUUUCAUGCAAUGGAGGUAAAACAAGCCUAGCCCAAGUGUUAACUGAUGCUAAUGGCUUCUUUCAAGUUGUACUCACUGCAUUGGAUGGCAUACUGUUUGAUCUAAAUUCAACACCCUGUGAAGUGUUUGUUGAUACUCCAAUUGCUAAUUGUGGAGUUGAUUUACCAAAAGGAGUACUAAGGGCACCAAUUAGCAUUGUUGGUAACCUUAUUCAAACUUUGCUUGGACUUAUUGCUGACACUACUUGUGGACCAUUUCAGUACGUUAAAAUUUAA